ACACAGGUUCUAGCUCUCGAUUUCCAACGAUUUAAAAAUGCCUGUGAAUCGAGGAAUAGUAUCCCAUUUUUACGAAAAUAAAUCGAUCUUUAUUACUGGAGGUGAUGAGAGUCUAGGAAAAAUUCUGAUAGAAAAGCUUUUGCGUUCAUGCUCUGGAAUUGACACCAUUUACAUCUUGUUGAAACCCAUACCAGAGAGGACAGCCGAGUGGUUGAAUAUUGCACUCUUCAGUGAAUUGCGUGCAGAAAACUCAGGAAUCUUUUCUAAAAUCGUAGUAGUUGAUGGAGAUUUGAAUGAACCAAGCCUAGGCCUGAACAAGGCUGUCGAAGAAACAUUAAUAAAUAAUGUCUCUAUGGUAUUUCAUUGCGCAUCCGUAUCAAAGUCAAAUGCAACAUUGAAGCAAUCUCUAUCCAAUAACGUUUUUGGAACUCUCCGUCUUCUAAAAUUGUGCCAACGAAUGAAAAAGAUCGAAGCGUUCGUGUAUGUAUCAACUUUAUACUCUACUGGUUAUAACCAAAACAUCGAGGAACGUCUCCCCAGAAUUCCAUGUCUUAAUGGAAUUAACGCUUAUGAAUUGAUGAAUGAAGAAGAGUUAAUGAAAUUAAUUCCGAAUGAUUCGGUGAAUAAAUGGCCGGACGCGCAUUCAUUUUCACAAGCUAUUACCGAAGUAGUUAUUAAUCAGCAAAAGGGUGCACUGUCUGUUAGCAUUGUUCGUCCAUCAAUUAUUUUGUCAAUAAUCAGGGAACCGAUUCCAGGGUGGAUUGAUGAUUAUUCUAACCCCACGACGAUAAUCAUCAAUAAUGCAAUCGGUGUUACAAGAUGCUUGUUCAUCCCCACAGAAUACGCUAUUGAUUUAGUUCCUUCUGAUUUCGUCGUAAAUUUGGUAAUUUGCAGUGCUUGGAAGACUGCAGUCGAAAAGAGCAGUGAAACAAAAAUUUACAAUUAUGGAUCAGAAAAAUGCAAUCCAAUCUCCUGCCGGCGAUUCCUGGAGGAGUGUAACGUUUAUUCAAGGAGUCAUCCUUCUAGAAAAAUCUUACGAUAUCCAUACACGAUAUUUACAAAUUAUUAUUACGUGUAUGCAAUUAUUAUGGCUAUUCAAAAUCUGUUAACGUAUACUUACCUUUUAAUUGCUGGAGAUUUCACGAUGUUCCGCCUGCAGCAAUCAGCAGAUCGAGUUUGGAAGUCGUUCUUUCCAUUUCUCCAUCGAAAAUUCGCCAUCAAUGAUUAUAACGUCAGAGAACUCAGCAACGAAUUGAGUAACAAUGACAAAAACCAUUUUUUAUUCGAUGUUGAAUCGAUCAAUUGGCAGAGAUAUAUCGAGAAUUAUGCUAAAGGGAUUAGGAUUCAUCUUCUGAAAGAUGAUAUGGGUAAACUGGAAGAAGGGCAAAUACAUCUAAAUAAAUUGUAUUGGAAGGAAAUACUGAUACAAGUGUUUCUAUUAAUGUUUUUACUUGCUUCUGGAUAUUAUCUAAUUGAUAUAAUGAUUCCGACCCUCAUCCAUACAUACAGGAAUGGGAUAGCUGCACCGUGUUACAACUGUCGAUUUACUCAACCGGGUCCAUUCUUUGGUUGCUAUUGGCAAAGUUAAUUCUAUUUCUAACAUAUUUGUGUUUCCGUAAUAUCAAAAAAAGAAUUCUAUAAACUAUAUUUGUCAUUUAAAAAAUCACAGCUUGAAAAAUGUAAAAAAAUAUCUUUUG